UUCCGUUCCUUGUCCAGUCCCCUCCUCUUUUUGCCCUCCUCCUUGAUUGAUUGAUAUAUUGUUUGGAUUAAAUUAAUACAUUUAUUCAAAGAAUUUCCAUCUUUUCAGUUUUGUUGCUAAUAGUAAAAUGAGUGAAAUAAAUGUAUUGUUCGAUGGCUAUUCAAUUAUGAGUGCAAACGAAGAAGAAAUGACUGCUAAUUGCAGUUGUACUUUGUUGAAAGGCAGUCACAAUAUUAUUGUAGAUACGAUGACGGCCUGGGAUGGUGAAAAAAUUAUAACUGCAUUAAAAGAACACGAUUUAAAUCCAGAAGAUAUACAUUAUGUUGUAUCAACUCAUGGACAUUCUGAUCACAUAGGAAAUAACAAUUUAUUCCUUAAUGCUAAACAUAUAGUUGGAUUCAGCAUCUCAUUUAGAAACAAGUAUUACAUGCAUCCAUUUGACAAGGGAGAGCCAUACAUCAUAAAUGAAAGUGUGAAAGUAAUUCCUACUCCAGGGCAUACACUGUCAGAUGUGACUGUACUUGCUACUUCACUUCAAGGGGAGAUGGUAGCUAUGACUGGUGAUUUAUUUGAAAAGUUUGGAGAUGUUGAAAAUCCAAAAAUCUGGCUGGAAGCAGGCAGUGAAGAUCCUGUUAAACAGCUAAAAAACAGGCUGAAAGUUGUAGAAGUGGCAGACUGGAUAGUGCCUGGUCAUGGUUCCAAGUUUCAAGUCACUCCAGAAAUACGACAGUGUUUGAUAAAUCAAGUAGGGGAUUCUCCCACAUGAACAAGAAACUACAGAUAUUCAGAUUGAAUGGAAGAUGUUAACACCCAUAUUUGGUUACCCAUAUUAGGGCUAAUAUGUGUGUUUAAAGUUUUUAAACAGAUAUAAUUAAAUGUAGGUAUACCUAUGUAUAAAAAAAAUACUGCAUUAAGGAAAAAUAAAAGACAUCUACUAUU